UGAAUCAAGCAUAAUUGCCUCUCGCAAUUUGAAGUUCGCAUCCGUCCUUCUUCUUAUCCACACACCUUAACCGCACAACUGCCAUGACAGAGCGCCUGGCCCAGCUUUGGGAUCGUUUCGAGGCUUCCGACAUCCUCCUUGUCGAGUGGGAGACAAACCUCUUGGCGCGGUUAGGCUAUCCCCUCGUGUCACAUGGAGACCUGUUCUUCCUCGUCCCGGACCUGCAGCUACCGACAGCCUGCGACAUAGCCGCUAGCUUGGGGCUAUGUCUGGCGGACGAGAAUGCUUUACGUCCGGCGUACACGUCCGAGCUCUCUGGCGUAGGGGUUCGCUACCUCGUCGACGAUGAUUCAAACAACUUCCCGCUACGCCGCAGGCUCGGUCUCCUACCUCUGUCCUGGACAGGCAUUGCCGUCGAUGAGCUUGUGCCUAUUUCGUCUCCCACUAACUCCAUACCUUGGCCAUCUUUCCCCGUACGGACGGUGCCGCUGCCGGUCGCAUGUGCUACUUUCGUGCGUAUGGCGGCUCGAGAGCGACGUGGAAGUUCGUUCCGCAUGGGUAUUAUUGGAGAACUUGCAAACGUAAUCGCGUACAGUCUGUUUGACAUGACCUACGAAGGAGACCAUAUGGAGUUCUUGCCGGACGACCAACCCCUUUCGGACAAGGAGAAACUGGAGAUGGAGAACGCCGUGGGGCAAAUCAAUACCUGGGUCUUCAGGGACGACGAAGAGUGGAUCAGACUGGCACUUGUUCAAGUUGUUACGGGAAAGGCUAGCUAUGACGAUCUACCAAGUAAUCCAAAGUAGAAGUGUGAUAUAAAACCGUAAAGUGUUGAAACUGUAGCUGCCGGACGUCGAUUCGCCGAACCGUGCGGCAGAAUGGCAUGGGGCUUUCAUAACCGCGGUGGCCCUUUCGUAAUCGCCUUAAGAGGGAAGCAUUAUUGAGCAA